UAAUUUCAGAUAAGUUCAGAUAAAUUUAAAUAAGUUCAGGUAAGUGAAAAUCAAGUGAAUAAAACACACCUAAAUUCCAAUAAAUAAUAAUCAGAUAAAUAGAACGCAUCACUGUAAUCAGAUAAAUAGAACUAUUAAGAAUUUUAACAUAGAAAACGCUAUGCAACUCCCAACCAAAAAAAAAAAAAAAAAAAAAAAAAUCCGCAAAACCGCUUUGUGAUUGACGUUUUUCAGUUUUCAGACACUGAAGAUCCAAUCCCCUUUUCUUCUUAAGCACUUUCACCCUCCUCAGAAAGACGACCUUGUCAAAUUCGUUGACUCUUAACCCCUUUUGUUUUGUAAUUUUUUCUCUCUCAUCUAAUUCUUUUACCAUCUUAUCACUUUUGUGUUUCUUAGUCCCAUUUUGAUCCAUCUCACAUUGUCAUUUUGGGGUUUCAUCACUUCAAUGUAAUUCUUUCAUGGGGUAAGUUAACUUCACAAUGGGUUGAUAUUUGGUGCAUAAGAAGCAAAUGGGUUGAACUUUUUUUAGGCUGUAAAAUGCAUAGGCUUUCUUUGGAUGUGGGGGUCACUGGUUAUUAUCGUUGAGAGAGAUCUGGAUACGUCGAAUGUAAGCGUGAGUUAUUUCAAUCACAAUAAGUCUGGGUAGUAGUUGCAAGUUUGGUUUGGAAGGUAACAAGACUUGGCAAGUAAUUUUAGAUUUUUCAUAGUUGUGUGAAUUAUGCAAGAAAAUAAGUUUCCAAAGCGGUAUUUGAUUGUGCUUUUGACAUUCAUAUGUACGUCUGUCUGCUACAUUGAGCGGGUGGGCUUCUCAAUUGCUUAUACAAUUGCUGCUGAUGCUGCUGGUGUUAAUCAAUCAAGUAAAGGCACAAUACUUUCCACUUUCUACUAUGGUUAUGCCUUAUCACAAGUGCCAGGAGGGUGGGCAGCCCAGAAAAUUGGUGGCAGACGUGUGCUGCUGCUUUCAUUUGUGUUAUGGUCACUGACCUGUGCUUUAGUCCCGCUGGAUCCCAACCGGGUUUUCAUGUUGGUUGUUGCACGCCUUCUUGUUGGUGUAGCUCAAGGAUUUAUCUUUCCCUCGAUUCACACGGUUUUGGCACAGUGGGUUCCUCCUCAUGAAAGAUCUAGAUCUGUUUCUCUUACCACAUCUGGGAUGUACCUAGGUGCUGCUGCAGGAAUGCUUCUGCUUCCAAGCCUGGUGAAGUUUAAGGGUCCUCAAUCUGUCUUUGUAGCUGAAGCAGCACUAGGAGCCAUUUGGUCUGUGUUGUGGUUUAAAUAUGCAUCUGACCCUCCUCGAUCUGAGCAUCCCAAAGCUGCUGCUGCUGGUUUUGGGGAAAAUUUAUUACCUGUUAAAGGUAAUCAUAAGUUUAAAGUGGAGAAUGGAGGUAGCUCAGCUAAAAAUUUAAACAUACCUUGGAAGAGAAUUUUUGUCAGCUUACCAGUCUGGGCUAUUGUGGUCAACAACUUUACUUUUCAUUAUGCCUUGUAUGUACUUAUGAAUUGGCUACCAACAUAUUUUGAGCAAGGCCUACAGCUUAGUCUCCAAGAUAUGGGUUCUUCUAAAAUGAUGCCGUACCUCAACAUGUUUUUAUUCUCAAAUAUUGGCGGGGUGGUGGCUGAUCAUCUUAUCACCAGGAAGCUUAUGUCUAUAACUAAGACUAGGAAGUUCUUGAAUACCCUAGGAUUUAUCGUGGCUUCUCUGGCACUGAUGGCACUGCCCGUAUUUAGAACUGCUGGCGGGGCUGUGUUCUGUUCUUCUGUGGCACUCGGCUUCUUGGCUCUUGGAAGAGCUGGGUUUGCCGUGAAUCACAUGGAUAUAGCUCCAAGAUAUGCUGGAAUUGUUAUGGGAGUUUCUAACACAGCAGGUACACUAGCUGGUAUUGUUGGUGUUGAGCUUACAGGCCAGCUUCUUGAAGCAGCUAAAGGUGCUGAUUAUGAUAUCUCUAGCCCAGAAAGCUGGAGAUUGGUAUUUGUUAUUCCUGGUUUUCUGUGUAUUUUAAGUUCAGUGGUGUUCGUGAUUUUUUCAACUGGGGAAAGAAUUUUCGACUGAGUGAGGCUUCCUACAGUUGAUGAAUAGGUGCCCAUUCAUACCCUAUGUCACUAAAUUUUUUCAACAUUUAUUGGGUAUAAAACCUUGAUAUCUUUCAUCAUUGCAUUGUUAUGCUAACAAUUUUGAAAUUCUGGAUUUAGUCAAGCGACCUUUUGAUCUGUAGCUCCUCCAGAAUGUAUCCAAAGUGCUAUAUGUGUGCUUUGGUGGAAAAUUACUUUUUAGUUGGACUUCACUGCUUACUUGAUGCGAUGGUUUCUUGGCGCAAGAGAUUCCGGAGAUUGGCAAUCUAUCUUACAAAGCUUACUAAUGUUGACUACUUGAUUUGCGAGUAGUCUUCACACAAUGUUUGGUUUGUGCUGUGUUGUCGGCAUACACAAGUAGCUGAUCUCAUUAUGUCCCUUGCUCGUGUAGAGGUUUAAUGAGGCCAGAGGUUUUAUACUUUUGUUGGGUUUUUCUUGUUACAUUGAACUUAAGAAAUUAGGUUUUGGUGUUGUGCUGAGAACGUUAUCCCCGGAAUUCUAACAGAAAAUUGUCUCGUAGUCAUAAACAUAUUCUUCAUGUAACGCAAUAAGGUCUUCUUUUGCUUUUAUCAUUUGGCUGGUAUAUUAUAGCUGUUGUGCCAUCUCUAAUAAAGAGAGUCGCAAAUGUAAUUGUUCAGCUUCAUAAGAAAGAUGUAGGAGGAAUUUAGCAUAGUGUAUUUUUAAAAUUUCUGUUACUGGUAUAAACAAUUCAUCUUUGUAAUAUUUUCGUGUACCAAUGAGACAUCUACUUGUAUUCUGACUGUCUGAAACACUGUAUCAGUGUCUUCUUUCUUGUGUCAA